AUGAACUUGUGGGGUGUGCUUGUUUUUGUCGCUGUGUUAUGUGUAACAACGUGUUCUUUACAAACAGAUCAAAGACACUGGAAAGAUUUAGCGGAAAAGGAAUUACAUGAAGCCCUUCAAGUUAAAUGGAAUCUCGGAACAGCUAAGAAUGUCAUCGUUUUUGUUGGAGACGGCAUGGGUCCUAAUACAGUUACCGCUACUAGGAUAUACCAAGGGGGCGAGACGCAUCGGAUGUCGUUUGAAAAGUUCCCGCAUGUUGGACUGCUUAAGACGUAUUCCGCUGACAAAAUGGUUCCCGAUUCAGCGUGUUCAGCCACCGCGCUAUUUGGCGGGGUAAAAUCAAACUACGGUACACUGGGCGUCGAUGCAACAGUACGCCGCAACGACUGCUCGGCUUCAUUAAAUAAAGAGGCCAGGCUCAACUCUUUGGCGGCUUUGGCAUUAAACGCGGGAAAGAGUAGUGGACUCGUGACAACAAUGCGAGUGACUCAUGCGACGCCGGGACCAUUAUACGCUCACGCCGCUUCGAGAAGUUGGGAAUGUGAGGCCAGCAUGCCAUCAAAUGCUAAGCAGUGCAAGGACAUCGCUCGACAACUCGUUGAGGACUGGCCGGGAAGGGAUCUUCAUGUAGUUCUAGGUGGCGGACGGCAAGUAUUGGUAUCAAACUCCACUGGAACUCCAGACGACCCCAUCAGCUCUUGGUCAUGUUACAGACAGGAUGGGAGAGACCUAAUUGACGUUUACAAAAAAGACAAAGAAACCAGAGGCCUGAGAUACAAAGUUGUGUCGAACACAAGAGAGCUAGAAAAUGUAGAUGACAACGUUGAGUAUCUCUUCGGUAUAUUCGCUAACGAACACAUGAAGUACGAAUUUGAGAGAAACAAAGGCCCAGAAGGCCAACCAUCGAUCUCCGAUAUGACGAAAGUGGCUAUCAAAAUAUUGAAGAAGAACCCGAACGGAUUUUUCCUAAUGGUAGAAGGUGGUAACAUAGACAUGGCACAUCACCGCGGCCGCGCUAAGACCGCAAUAGAUGAAGCAGCUGCAAUGGAACGUGCCGUACAGCUCGCUAUCAACAUGACGGACGAAGAGGAUACGCUGAUCAUUGUCACCAGCGAUCACACGCACACAUUGACCAUUAACGGCUAUCCAGAGAGGGGAUCCAGUAUCUUUGGAAUUGUUAGAGAAUCGCCCUUCGACCAGGUCAACUACACAACUCUAUCUUACGGUACCGGAGGACCUGGCUCCUUCCAAUACUCAGUCGAGACUAAGGACGGAGAAACUAGAGUGAUGCGAAGAGAUCCUAGUAAAGAGGACACCGAGAGCUUCAUGUAUGAGCAGAUUGCCGCCAUUCCUUUGGACGAGAACAGCCACGGUGGUGGUGACGUCGCUAUAUACGCUAGAGGUCCUCACGCUCACCUGUUCCACAACGUUCACGAGCAGCACUACGUGUACCACGCCGUCGCCUAUGCAGCCAAACUUGGACCCUACUCAAACGCGUACUCAACACAAAUCAGUCUUGGUGUUAUAUUUAUGACUGUUUUAAUACCAUUUUUAUAG